CAUUGUUGGUUGUAGUGAAAGCUGUUUGAUUGAGCUCAGAGUUAUUUUUGUGAACUCUGACAACAACUGGUUAUGGUUUGUUAUGAUCUACAAUAUGUUGCAUGAUCUUUCGCUUUGAGAAGAGUUUUUUCAUCAACUUCUUUUUUACAUUUUAUUUAUCUUGAUAUUUUAACCAAUAUGCCUUUACAGAAUGCUUCAAUCAAAGUUACAGAAUUUAUUAUAGGUGGUUUUGACACAACCAAAAGGCCUAUGGUAGUUGGUGUGGUUAUAUUGAUUACCUAUGUUCUAGCUGUUCUUGCCAAUAUAGUAAAUAUCCUCUUCAUUAUUUAUGACAAGAGAUUACACAAACCAAUGUAUCUUCUGAUUUGCAACCUUGCUGUUGUUGAUAUACUCUACACCUCCAGUGCCAGUCCAACAAUGAUUGGGGUUCUACUUGCUGGUGUUAAUACUAUAGCCUAUGUGCCGUGCUUAAUUCAAAUGUUUGUUUUCUACUUGGGAGGGGUGAUGGAGAUGUUUGUUUUAACGGUUAUGGCAUUUGAUCGAUUGAUUGCUAUUAGCUAUCCUUUUCAGUACCACAGUUAUUUAACAAAUGUGCGCACUCUUGUCCUUACAUAUAUCCUGUGGAUUGUUGCAUGUGGUUGUGGGGCUGUAACGUCUGCAACUGUGCUUCCUCUCUCUCACUGCUACUCAAAGCUGAUGUACACUUUCUGUGACUAUGCUGCCGUAAUACGAACUACUUGUGUUGACCCUAAUUAUUAUUUCAAUGUGAUAACUGUCAUAACAUUCUUUCUUUUAUUUUUCACUUUCACUUUUAUUUGCCUGUCAUACAUAUGUAUAAUAUUUUUUGUGAAAUUAUCCUCAAAUGAUGACAAAAGAAAAAUGGGCAGCACUUGUUUGAGUCACUUGAUCGUGGUAACGUGUUACUAUUGUCCACUAUUUAUCCGCAUUGUCUUGACCAGGUUAGGUGUGGUAUUAACUCUUGAGGCGCGCCAUGGCUUAAUGAUUGGAGCCCUACUUGGUCCAUCUCUUGUAAAUCCUUUUGUGUACUGUCUUAGGACAAAAGAAAUGAAAUAUAAGAUCUUUAAGAUAUUCAAACAAGUUUAGACAUUUCAGUAGAUUCUUGUGAACUGUGAAUUAACUUUAUGGAAAACAUUGCACCCUUUGCUGGUGUAAGUAUUAUACUAAAAUGAUGGAAUAUAUUUAUCCAUGCAUUUUCUACACUGUUUAUCCUGUUCAGGGUUGUAAGGGGCAGGAGCCUACUCCAGAAAACAUUGGGUGAGAAGCAGCGAACACCUUGGGCAGGUCAGCAAUCUAUAGAAAAACACAAUCACAUUCGCAUUCACAAGUACAGUACCAGCAAUUUAGAGUUUCCAAUUAACCUAAUGUGCAUGUCUUUGGACUGUGAGAGGAAACUGGAGCACCUGGAGGAAACCCACGCAGAGUCAGGGAGAACAUACAAACUCCACACACGAUUGCACCGUGCCACCUGACAAAAUGUAUUAUGACACAUACAUGCUGUAUAUAAUAACCUCAAAAUGUUUGGUUUUGCAAAUGCUGGUCAGUAUACACUACAAAAUUGCAUACUUACCAGCAUUACUUAUUGCUUGUUAACUAUUUUUAUGUCAAUAAACUGUAUGCCAUUGUAGGUUUUCACAAAAUGAUAUACUGUAUAAAAUGAUGAAUAAAAGUUUGAAGUUUGGGCACAAACAACAAA